GGAGGGGACCAACCAAGGAUGCUGAUUUACAGGAGCCACUGAAGGCUCCCUUUGCUUCUGAGGGCUGCAGGGGGAAUAUGCCACAGGGGUUGGAUUUGUAAGGAGCCUGGCCUGAACUGCAGAGUUUGCAGGUUAUUAGUGCUGCACCAAACUCUGGGCUUGGGCAGCCCUCUAGCUGAGGCUAUUGGCCAUGGACAGUAACGCAGCUGAGUAUCAUACCAGCGUCACAAAGAACCCCCCUGGGUGGGAAACCGGGAUCUAUGUGACCGGUGCACUUGCUCUGCUGGGAAUAGCUGCAGUGAACCUAUGGAAGCUCUGGAAAUCUGGGAGCUAUCCCAUGCCAUCUCCAUUCCCCAACUACGACUACAGAUACCUGGAGCAAAAGUACGGAACAACAUAUUCCGAGAUAAAACACAAGAGAGGUGUAACCUCGAACAUUCGAAAGGCAGUGGAAAGGACAUCCCCAGUCCGCAAACCCAGCCUGAAGAUGGAUGACACCUUUGAGAAUAUCAAUGAGCUGGGGACCUUGGAACUGAUGAACAAAGAUCUGGAGCUGGCUCCAUAUGGACCCCUGAAGAAGUCGGUGUCCACUGACUCGCUUAGCUCCAUCUCCUCCAUAGGGAAUAAUUUUGGCCAAGAUUUCACUGUGGGCCAGGUGGAAGUCAACAUGGAGUAUGACGUGCACUCCAACACCCUGCAUGUCACGCUGCUGCAAGGCAAAGACCUCAUGGAGAAGGAGGAUGUCAACUUUGAGUCUUGCUUUGUGCGUAUCAGCUUGGUUCCAGAUGAGCAAAUCGUUGGCAUCUCCAGGAUUCAGAGGAGUGCCUAUUCUGUCUUCUUUGAUGAGAAGUUCUCGAUUCCCUUGGACCCAUCUGCACUGGAGGAAAACAGCUUGAGGUUUUCUGUCUUUGGCAUUGAUGAGGAUGAGAGGAACAUCAGCACUGGGGUAGCAGAGCUAAAGCUGUCAGACCUGGACCUGGCCAUCCGGCCAUUCAAUGCCUGGCUGUACCUGCAGGACAUGAACAAGACAGUGGACUCAGUGGGAGAAAUCCUGCUCUCUCUGAGUUACCUGCCCACAGCGGAGCGGCUGACUGUGGUUGUGGUCAAAGCCAAAAAUCUCGUGUGGACUAAUGGCAAAGUGACUGCAGAUCCUUUUGUCAAAGUGUACUUGCUUCAGGAUGGGAGGAAGAUCAGCAAGAAGAAGACGGCAGCAAAGAGAGAUGACACAAACCCGGUGUUCAAUGAGGCCAUGAUUUUCUCAGUGCCAGCCAUUGUCCUGCAGGACCUGUCUCUCCGGGUGACAGUGGCAGAGUGUUGUGAAGAUGGGAGAGCUGAAAAUGUUGGCCAUGUCAUCAUUGGCCCAUCAGCCAGCGGCAUGGGUAUCACGCACUGGAAUCAAAUGUUGGCCACCUUAAGGAAACCAGUGUCCAUGUGGCAUCCAGUACGACGAAACUAAGGACGCGUUGACCCUCUUGCAAGUAUUUUGCAUGGUGCCUAAACUCUCUUCCUGUAAAUAAAUAUUGUUGGUGAAUGGACUGUGAAAAUCAAGACAGAAAUUAUUUUUCCAAAUGUUACUCUUCACGAGUUCC